AUUACGAGUAGAGAAGGGAGGUUUUGAGUAAAUGUCGCUGAGCGGCGAACGGGCUGAAGUUAUGGAGCUGUGGAAGAGUCACGUGCGGGCCGAGCUGUUUCAGAGGGACUGCUUACAGAAAGACCCUUUCUCUGGACUCUUCACUAAAGUGUCCAAAUUAGAGGAACUGCUGAAUCUCCAUUUGAGUUUAUGGGAGGACUUGGAGAGACAAAGCUUCAGUUCAAAUGACGAUGGAAUAAAAAGGCCCGUUGAGGGAAAAAAGACCCCAAAGCUGUAUCUGCAGUUCAGACAGACUGAACAUAUUAGACAAAAGCUUGCACAGAAAGUCUCAGAUCUGACCAGUGAUCUGUACCUCAGGGAGGCGGAGCUGCAGUUCUGUCACUCUCAAGUUGCCCGCUACCGUACCGAAGCCGUUCUGCUGGCCAAAGAAGCAUGCUCACUGAAGGAAGACCUGUCAGAUUAUCAGUAUAAACUGGAGUGUCAGUCAAAGGAGUUGGCAGCAUUGCGAUUGGAGCAGAAGAUGCUGAAGGAGGAGCUAGCAGCCACACAGCAAGAAAAAGAGGGGCUGCUUGAGCGCUGGUUGGAGGAGAAGAAAGAGGAGGCAGAGCGCCUUAAUAAGCACAAUGCCACUCAAGAGAGAUGGAAUCGCUUUGCUGGGCAAAUGAACAAGCAUCUCUUCGGAGGGUCUCAUCGUCAGAGGCGUGUCGCUUCCAACAGCCCACAAGUCUUCCAGAGAUAUUCAACUGAACAGUCACUGCCAAAGAAGAAUAAAUGAAUGCCUUGUUUAUUUUUUUUUUUAUUCAGUCUACAAAGAAUUAGCAUCCGUUGCACUGUGCUAAAGCUCUUUGAUUUUAUAGAAAAUCCCUUGAGCAGAAUCACUGUACUUUCACCAAAUCAGUUAUAUUGUGCAAUAAAAUGUAUUUAAAAAAUCUUUUUUUAGUUUAUGAAAAUCAUCUCUUGAAACUCUAUCUUGUAUUAAAUGAGAGAGACGUUGCUUAGACAUUUUUAUUUUAU